CGGUCCCAAAACGUGCAUAAAAAUAUAGCCCUUGGAUGAAAACGAAUGGUUGACAUUACACAUUCCUCUUCUCCUCCCAAAGCUCCCUCACGUGCUUCUCUUCCUCAGAUAUCCAACCCCUUUAUCAGUCUGCACUUACUCUUUUUCUCUCUCUCUCUUUCUCUCACCUGACUUUCAGGGCAGCCAACCUAGUUUCACUCCUGUCAAUUAAUUUUCCAUGGAUGAUUUCAAUCGCCCCCGUCUCCCCUUCCCUCCCUAUUUCUCUCUUUCUCUUUCUGUCUGAUCACACUUAGAAACAAAAACUGUACAAAUUUCAUCUUUUGCAUCUUUUGGGUUGCUGAAUUUGGAGUUUCUUGCUCGUGUUUGGAAGUUUUUAGAUUGAUGGGUUUUUGACAGUUAUUAUUUUUGUUUUUUCCAACCCCAAAAAACAAAAUUUAAUCUUUUUGUCUUAAGAAUCAUACUAAAAAUCGAAAAGCUCUCUCUCUCAAAAUCCUGAAUCUUUCUCCGUUAUGCUUCUAAUGCUUCCACAUGCUCACGAAGCAGAGGAGAAGAGAAAGAGCAGUCACGUGAGAGAAAUCUGGCCCAAAUUUAAUCUGGGUCAUCCAUCUAAUCAGCGGCAGAGAAAUCUCCUCAUAAAAGGACCACGUUUUUUGUCCGUAUAGAAUUCGGUGAGGACGUCCUGACUAUAGACUCUCUCUCUCUUUCUCUCUCUCUAUAUAUCUAUAUUUGUGAUUAUAUGCAAGGUGGACAACUAUAUUAAUGCUUAGCUAAUUCUCUUUGACUGCUGGUUUCUUAUUCGCCCUACGUGGCUUUAACUUUCUUUGUAAUUCACGCGUCUUUCAUAUGACUUGACUAUUAUUUGAUUCCAUUCCAUUCAAUGUCAAUUAUUCUUAUCCCUUACUUUUUGUUAUAAAUAUCUUCAUUUAUUACGAUCAAAAUAAUUAUUUAUAUUUUUAGCCCCAAAAAAAAUAAAAAAUUUAUUUAUAUUAAAUUUUCAAAAUUUUAAUAAUAUAACAUUAAGACAAGACAUGAUAUCUACUGUAUAUAACAUAAUUUUUUUCGGGUGAAAAUAAAAUAAUUAUUUUUCUUAUACUUAUAAUCUUUACAUUUUAAUUAUCUCCAAACUAAUUUUACAAGUCUAGUAGGAUAAUUUACCAUAGUUUCCUAGCAAAUAGUUCGUGUUCAAAUUCCAUAUCUUUAAUUACAUAAUAAAAUAAUUUUAGUAAAAUAUUUUAUGUAUCUUAUAAUUGAUUCAUCAAUGGUUUGGAUUCUACUAUCAUCUAAUAAUUAUGGAUAAUGAGAACAAAAGGAACAAAAAUGGAACAUAGACAACAGCUAACUGCCAUUCCUCAACACCUCUCUGCUCAAACAAUGGAAACCAUAUAUAUUUUUUUUUUUGAAAAAAAAAAACCCCAUAAAAAUAAAGUAGAGUAAAUAAAUAAAUAAAUAGGCCCCUUCGCUAAUAAAUUAUAGGGAAAAAAAAAAAAAAACUCAGCUCCACAGCUGUUACCCCGAAAGCUCCAUUUAAACUUAAUAAAGUAAGAGGUCAAGUUUUCUGCCAAAAAAAUAAUAAUAAUAAAAUAAAAUGUUAAGAGGUCUAAGCCCCUGUGAUGUAUACCGCUAGCACAUGAAAAAAUGGCAAGUGGGUCGCUUGUGUAAAAAAAGAAAGAAAAGGUCCCACUUUUAUUAGAGUCUUCUUCCUUCCCUCAUUCAGAUCUAAAACCCCAUCCAUGGAUUGAGUCUCUGAAACUUUCAAAGAGUCAAAGCCCAUCACGAAAACCACCAUUUCUGUUCUGGGUUGUGCUUUGUUUCCUGUUUUCUGUUUUCUUUUUUCUGAAAGCAGAAAACAGACAAAAAAAAAAAAAAAAAAAGUGAGAGAGAGACAGAGAUGGGGCUCAUGGGUGUCCAAGAUAAUGGGAAUAUUGGAGAGAUGGGUUUGUCUGGUGUCUCACUGGGAAGUAAGAAUAAAUACAAAAGAAUGAAUUCUGAGAUGAAAGAGGAUGAAGAUCAUCAUCAAAAGGAAGAUAGAAGAAGUAGUAUCAAGAGAUAUGUUUUUGCUUGUGCAGUUUUUGCCUCCCUCAACUCUGUUCUUCUUGGCUAUGAUGUGGGUGUAAUGAGUGGAGCAAUCAUAUUCAUUCAAGAAGAUUUGAAAAUAACAGAGGUACAGGAAGAGGUACUUAUUGGGAUUUUAAGCUUUGUUUCCCUUUUGGGUAGUUUAGCAGGUGGUAAAACAUCAGAUGUUAUUGGUAGGAAAUGGACAAUGGCUUUAGCUGCUGUUGUCUUUCAAAUAGGUGCAGGUAUAAUGACACUUGCUCCUUCUUUCAAAGUACUAAUGAUUGGUAGAUUGUUGGCUGGAGUUGGAAUUGGCUUUGGAGUCAUGAUUGCUCCUGUCUAUAUUGCUGAGAUAUCACCAACUAUUUCCAGAGGCUCAUUCACUUCAUUCCCUGAAAUCUUUAUAAAUCUAGGCAUUUUACUUGGUUAUGUUUCGAACUAUGUAUUUUCGGGUCUUUCAGCACACAUAAACUGGAGGAUAAUGCUUGCCGUUGGAAUUCUACCUUCAGUCUUCAUUGGUUUUGCACUUUUCAUUAUCCCUGAGUCUCCAAGGUGGUUGGUAAUGCAGAACCGAGUUGACGAAGCAAGAUCAGUGUUGUUGAAAACGAUUGAGAACGAAAAUGAGGUAGAGGAGAGACUUGCUGAAAUACAAGAAGCUGCUGGUAACUCCAAUGCAGAGAAGGAUGAAGAGAAAGCCGUGUGGCGUGAAAUGUUGAGUCCUUCUCCUGCACUCCGCCAGAUGCUGAUCACUGGUUUCGGAAUCCAAUGUUUUCAACAGAUGACAGGAAUAGAUGCAACAGUUUAUUACAGUCCUGAAAUCUUCAAAGAUGCUGGAAUUGAUGGUAAGUCUAAGUUACUUGCUGCAACUGUUGCUGUUGGUGCGACAAAGACCGCUUUUAUACUUGUUGCUAUUCUUCUCAUCGACAAACUUGGGAGGAAACCGUUGCUCUAUGUGAGCACUAUUGGGAUGACUGUUUGUUUAUUCAGUUUGGGAUUUGCCCUCUCUGUACUGGGUAAAGGACAGAUUGGGAUUGCAUUGGCAAUUUUAUCAGUUUGUGGGAAUGUAGCUUUCUUCUCUAUAGGAAUUGGACCCGUUUGCUGGGUUUUGACAUCUGAAAUCUUCCCUUUAAGGCUUCGAGCUCAAGCAGCAGCACUUGGGGCUGUGGGAAAUAGAAUAUGCAGUGGCCUAAUUGCCAUGUCUUUUCUCUCAGUCUCCCAAGCAAUUUCAGUUGGUGGAACGUUCUUCAUUUUCUCUGCAAUUUCUGCACUUUCUGUUGCCUUUGUAUACAAACAGGUUCCCGAGACCAAAGGGAAGUCAUUGGAACAGAUUGAGUUGCUAUUUCAGAAUGGUCAUGAAUGGCAAGGAAGUGAAGUGGAGCUAGGAGAUGUUGAACAUCUUGUGCAGAAAGAAUGAUUGGUUUGGAAAAUAUAUUCGAAAUAUGAACCGAAAGUUUCCAAGUAGAUUGCAGCUUGGCUUGAAGAGGAUGUAGAACUUACUCCAUAUUCUUUCUUUUUUAGAAAUUUUCACAUCUUUGAUGGAAAUUAUAUGGAUCCAAAUGUGCAGGAUGUGGAUUUCUAUGGAGAAGUUUGCUGCCACAAAUCAAAACAGGUCUCCACAACAAGAUCUAUAUAUGAGUUAGUAUACAGAGGGAGUACAUGCAAUGAUGUUUGUGUUCAUUCUUUGUUGUUAUAGUACAGUACCUCUUAUGGUUUUGAUUAAUCUUUAUAAACCAUGAGAUAUAUGUAUUACAUUAAAUUGUUUAAAUGCUUAAUAAAGUUUCACUUUUCAAGAAAUAUAAAUUCACUAAAGAAAAUAUUAGUCAUA